ACCUCAACCUCGCUCCCCUACAACACCGUCAUAUCUUUCGCACAUUUCGCUCCCAUGUUCUGACAUUGUUCCAACCUUGGUGUCUUACCUGCUUCUUUCUGCUGCACCUUGGAAGACACUUUCCAGGCCCAUUGCGACCCGACCACGGUUGAUCAUGUGGGAGAGAUUGGAGCCAUUGAUUGCCAUUUCCACUCCUCUUCCGCUCUAGCCACAUACCACGAAUCCCGGACGGCCUCGCGAUAUCCGCAGAUCCCAAGCACCUCAAGACACAUAAACUACGCUAGGACUGCCCGCCCACUUCCGCUGCGACUGUAAUGCCGUCACAGCCUGUUGAUACAGGCUGGGGUUUUAACGCCGUGAUCGACCUAAUAGAGUCGGAUUACGAUGCUGCGUCCCCCACACUCUCGGCCGCGUCCCCUGUGCGAACACAUGUUGCCACGCCUGGGCAAAAGUCCGACCCUAGGUCGAUCGCGCAAACACUUCUAGAUACACACGUUCCACGCCUCGGCGACUUCUCAAAGCUAUUUGAUGAGUUGGGCAUCUCGAGAACGGAGCCGCUGGCACCCGCCAGUCCUGUGGACUCGGAGGGUCCCAUCAGCUCCGAUGAUGCUCUUCUGAGCGGACAUAUUGAUGCUGCUAGCAUUGGUGACCCGGAUAGCCCACUGGCUGCGCUGUCAGCCAAGGAGCAGAAGAAGGAGCGCAAGCGCGCUGCGAAGCAAGAACGGAAGCAGGCUCGGAGGGCGCUCAAAGCAUCCGUCUCAGAAGAGUCCGCAUCUGGUACCCAGCCCAUAAACCAGCCUCGACCUCGAUCAAAUGUUGGUGCAAAGAUCCGUCCAGCCACUCCAGCAUCGCUUGAGGCACUCCCUCAAGCGCUCAAGCCGCUUCUUCCCGCAAGAGUCCUAGAUUUUCCGCGUACUCCUGCGGAUUCCAUUUCUGUUGCUGUCUCCCCGCAGCGUUUGAACUCACUGGCGCAGCCCUUUGCACCAGCUUCUACUUCAAUUCCACACCUCAAAUUUCCACCGGGCGCAGUGGAUGACUUCGCAAAGACCCCGGCCAAGCAAGUCUCGAGCCGACCUUCCUUGCACGAAGCUAAGUCCAACCCUGGCCCUCAACUACGGAUCCCUUCUUCUGUACACUUCGACCGUGGCCUCGUGCCUCGCACAGUACAGUCCGUUAGUGCUCCUAGAGUACAUACAGUGAGCUCAGGGAAAGUUCAGGGUGCACGUACCCCAGUUCCUGCGGCUCCUCGUUUUGGUACUGCAGCCGGACAAAAGACUAGUGUUAGAUCAGACCUAGAACCAACCGCAACACCUGCAAGUCAGACCCCUUACCAACUUCAGUCUCCAAAUCGUUUGGCGACCCCUGUUCAGAUUUCGUCCACGCCUGGAGGUGGAUCCACAGGCUUGACCAUCAGGCCACGCACGGAUCGGCACUUCCACUUUCUUAACCAACUUUUGGCCAGUUUCCCAGAGAAUCAUCAGCAUCUCUUAGCACCUAUGCGUCUAACUACCGAUCAGACGAUGGCGCAAGGCAUACACUGCUUUGUCGAUGCAUCGAACAUCAUGAUCGGAUUCAGAAACAUACUUCGUGAGCGCGGACAACACCAACCAGUCGAUCUGUCUUUCGACACUCUCGCCCUCCUCAUGGAACGCCGCCGCCCCGUCGCCAAGCGCAUCUACGCCAGCUCCCAGCGCGAGGCCAACCCCCUCCCGCACGUGAUCAAGCUUGCCGAGACGUCCAAAGCUGUGGGAUAUGAGAACCUUAUCCAAGAGCAGGUCUUCAUUCGGCGCGAAGACAGCGACCGCAAGAAAUUCUUCAAGGACGUCGAGCGCCUCGGCUGGACCAAAGCCACACAGCUCCGCGCGAGUGGCAGCGGCAGCGACUCAGAAACGGGCGCUGCCGCCGCCAACCCUCUCUCUGCCCCGAAAUGGGUUGAGCAGGGCGUCGACGAGAUCCUGCACUUGAAGAUGUGCCAGAGCGUGCUCGACACCGAGGUCCCGACGACCAUGGUGCUCGCGACGGGCGACGGCAAUGCAGCGGAGCAUUCGGAUGGGUUUUUGGCGAAUGUGGAGCGCGCGCUGAAGAAGGGGUGGCGGGUUGAGCUUGUCAGCUGGAAACAGCAGAUGAGCGCCGGGUAUAGGAACAGGAAGUUUAGGGCGAAGUGGGGGGAGCAGUUCAGGACUGUGGAGCUAGAUGAUUAUUUGGAGAGCUUGAUCGAUACGUAGGGGUGCUUGGUCGUGGAUGUACAGGGUACCCUGUAUGGUUGGGACAGUGCUUAGGGAAGUGCCCAUGGACAAGUUCCCAGGGGAAGCGCCCAGGGAAAGUGCUCAAAGAAGGCGUUCAGCGGAUGCGAUACAACAAUGCCCCUGGAAAAGGCCUGAGGGAGAGCCAUAGGAAUGUGCCCUGAGAAAGAGUCCUGAGAAAGAGCCAAUAUACUCGGGGAACGCGCUUAGGAAAAGUGCUUUGGCAAACUAUCCUCAUGGACAAAAAUAUAGCGCCCUGCAAAAGCCCAGAGGUAGAGUCCUGCGAGCGUGCCCUCGAGGCUGGUCCGUAGUUUUGACAGUGCAUUCUGAACGGCACCAUGCCGUUAGCUCCUAGAUAUGCACACCCAUAUAGCUCCAUCUAUAUCGGCAGCUGGUCCUCGUGUGGAUACACAGCCAGUUCUACAUGAACCAUGCUAAGCCUCAGCCUCU